GAGGGAUCCCGGAAGUCAACGAUUAGGUAGUGCCGAUAACCAAGGGAAAAAAAGAACGUGGAGAUACACACUGUUCCUUCCUUCAAAACACUUACUUGGUCUUGUGCAGUGCCGCUAAAGCGGUAGGUCUCACCCGACUCAAGGCUUAUUAGACAGAUAGUAGCAGCAUCCUUAGGACCUAAGAUAUUUAAAAUACCUAAUCUAAGAAACUCCUUCUAGUUUCACUGUCUUCAUUUCCUUCUUUCCUAAAGCAAAGCUCUGCCAUGUCUUUACAUCUUCACUUUUGCUUUUCACGAUGACACAGCAAUACUAUAUGUUACACGAGAAACAAUAUGCCCCACCCCCACAUGGGCAAGUAAAGAGACUAUCGCGAUGGGGGAACUGGAAAUCGAUAACCUUCACUACACUUGGGUUUCUCUCGUUAGCAUUAUUUCUCUGCCAACUAAAUGGGAUACGCAUAAUAAAUCAUCUUUUCACAAACUCCAAACCAGAAAAAGCAACUUUCACUGAUUGGAAGUGGAGUGAAAUUGAGCCCAGUAGGAUUUUGCAAUGGCACCGCUGCUACAAUGACAGCUAUGAUUGCGCAAGGCUGGAUGUACCUAUGGACUGGCUCAACCCGUCCGAUGAUCCCCACGACCGCGUUAUCUUAGCUGUUAUGCGUCUAAGAGCCACUGAACUUGACGAUUAUAAAGGACCUAUCUUCUUCAACCCCGGCGGGCCUGGAGGUUCUGGUGUAUAUGCGCUUGAUAACCGUGGUGCUCUUUUGCAGACCAUUGCGGGUAAAAACCAUGAUAUCAUCUCUUUUGAUCCAAGAGGUAUCGGCGCAUCUAUCCCACGAGUAGAUUGUUGGCAUUCCGAGGAGAAGAGCCGGCUUUGGGAACUUCAAGACGUUGGCGUGGUCGAUUCACACCCGGGCGUUAUUUACGAUGCUUUCGCGCGGGCAACCGCUUUAUCUCAGGUUUGCGAGCGAAACAUGAACAGCUCCGGCCUAUUGUCGCAUAUAAGCACCGCCUCGCAUGCGAGGGAUCUGCUUGAAAUCCUACACCAAACAGGCCAGGAAAAGCUGAAGUAUUGGGGCUUCAGCUACGGGACAAUUUUGGGCGGUGUAUUCGCUGCGAUGUAUCCUGAUAAAGUUGAGAGACUUGUGAGCGAUGGUAACGUGGACUACCGAGAAUGGCAUCUACAUUCAUACAUCAAUUUUCUCCACGAUACCGACAAGGUUAUGGAAGCAUUUUACAACUUUUGCUAUAAAGCUGGUCCUUCAAACUGUGAUUUCUACGCUUCAUCACCAGCAGCUAUAGAACAACGUCUAGCAAACCUACUGAAGCAUAUUCGAGAGCGCCCGGUCAUCGUACCAGCCACUGAGUCGGGGCCGGAUAUGCCACAAUUGAUCACAUGGUCGCAUCUCAAGCGACUUAUCUCUGCUGCUCUAUAUAGACCUAUCUUCAUGUUCAAAAACUUUGCCAAGGUCUUAAACGCUCUUGAGAAUGGAGAUGGUAUACCCUUUUACGAAUUCGUCAAAUCAGAAGAUUCUACUCCAUCAAUUUGCUCGAUCGAAGCAAUUCCGCCGAACGUCCCAAGGUUUGAAGAAGGGAAUGCCGAUGCUUUCCCCGCGAUUCUGUGUGCCGAUUCGCCCCAGAUCGAAGACACAGUCGAAGAUUUUGCCGACUUUGUCGAGAAGCUUAUGAGUAUCAGCUCCGCAGCUGGAGACGUCAACGCCCUUUUCAGGAUAGCCUGUGUCGGCCGGACUAUCAGGUCAAAGUGGAGAUACACGGGUCCAUUUGAAGCCAACACGAGCCAUCCCAUCCUUUAUGUGGCCAAUAUAGCUGACAAUGUGACACCCCUCAUCAGCGCAAGGAAUAAUUCGCAAGGGUUCCCAGGCUCAGUCGUCUUGGUACAGAACUCUUACGGCCACACCAGUCUCUCUGCAUCUUCAACCUGUACUGCUGGAUAUAUCCGCGCUUACUUCCAAAAUGGUACUCUCCCAGAGCCUAGCACGGUGUGUGAGCCGGACUACCACCCAUUUGACGACGUGUAUAUAUCAGCUGGGGAUGAGUUGUCAAAGGCAACUUACCAAUUGACAGGGUCGAGGUGGGGUUUCCCGCAAAGGCUUGCGCUAUAAUUAUGAUGUAUACAUGAUAUUAUGAUGUUAUCUCAAGAGGCGAUUGAUUAUAUCUUUCUUUCGGCUACUUACUAUAUGUCUUACUUCCAGGUAUGCUAGGUAGACAAGUGGUAAAAAUCCAUCAAAAUAACCCCCCAAACCGCCAAUAUUACCGGCUCCUGCCGAUCUACACCUCCGCUAUCCAUCCCCCAUACAUCAUUCCACGA